ACCUCCAAUUCGAAUUGAAAGUACAUAAAUUAUAAACAAUGUUUAAUUUUAUAUUACAAUUUUAUAAUUUGUUUGCUUAAUUUGUUUGGCUACACUUUAUAUAGAACCCGCCUCUUUACAACACUGAAUUGACGCAUAUUUCGUAAUUGAACAGCCUGACCAACAAAAGCAUCCAAAAAUUUGUUAAGUUUAUUGUAAAAUGCAUUGAUUACAACAAAAUGAUAGUAAAGAAUUUUAGUAAAUUCACACAAAUAUUUGCACGACUGCGAUGUGCGCGCGGUGUGAACGUCAAUUCGAAUGACUAUUCAAUCAGAGUGCAAAACAACUUGAAACUGAAUUCGGAAGGAUGUCGAUCCUUAUGUGGCCUUUAUCAAAGGCAGAAAGAGGAAGAUGAGUACCGACAACGUUCCUCGUCUCGCUCUUCGCCCCUUCCGCAUCCAAGUUUGCUGUUCACCGCUGCGUUUAGCUUUAAUUUUCUUGGUGGCAGCAACGGCGACAAGGACCAGGAAGAGACACCAGAAUCAAAAUUGGUGAAUACUAUAAAACGCUCGAUUCUCUGCAUACAAAAUGAUCAGUAUGACAAGGCCGAGCAAAUGUUGCAUCUGGCGCUUCGUAUGGCCCAAGAUAUGCAGUCAUCCAAGGGUAUUACGUAUGUGUACGAUCUAAUGGCCAACUUGGCCAUGGAACGCGAGCAAUUUAAGAAAGCAGAAAAACUAUUUGUCGACGUAAUGAGGAGAUUGAUGUCGGAUGGGCAUACAGAGGAUAGUCCCAAGAUAUUGCACAUAAGUUCGAAAAUAGCGCAUAUGUCACAGCUGCAAGGUGAAUUGGAGAAAAGCUUUCAAGGGUUCACAUGGACACUGCAUCGACUGGGCAAACUGGUAAAGAGUACGCCCGAAGACACUGAUAUACUGGAGCUAUAUGGCCUGACAAAGAAUUGGUUUGGGCAGCUGCUAAUGAAGCAAGGCAAAUACGACGAGGCAAAGAAUCUAUUCAAAGAGGCCCUUGAUAUCCUUAUUUGUGUUUAUGGCACCCUUAACGAUGCUUCAGUAACAAUUUUGAAUAACAUCAGCGUGGCUUAUGUUAAUCUUGAAAAUUAUGCGGAAGCAAAGGAAACCCUUUUACAUGCUCUAGCAGUUGCCAAGGAACUCAAGGAUGUCACACAGGAGGGCAUUAUUCAGGCCAAUCUGGGAUUAGUAUAUCUGCGAGAAGGUCUUCUCAAAGAAGCCGAAAACUUUUGCAAGCUUGCUUGGAAAACGGGUAAAAGUCAUGAGAACGCCGAUGCUAUUGAGCAGGCCGAGUAUUGUCUAAAUGAGAUUAAGUCCAGCAUGAAAGGCUAGCAAAGGUCCAAGCCAGAGAACUAUCAGAAUAUAACUUAAACAUAUAAAUUAAAUUGUUUAUUAAAUACACAGAAGACUUUCUGGAAGAGAAUUGUAUUACAUUAAUUAGUCGAUCCUGGCUUAGCGUUAUUAAAUAACUCCGUACAAAUUUA